AUGCCUAUCGCAACAGAGCUCACCCGCCGACUGGGCAUCCGAGUGCCCAUCGUCCAGGGCGGCAUGAUGCACGUCGGCACCGCGGAGAUGGCCUCAGCCGUCUCCAACGCCGGCGGUCUGGGCCUCAUCACAGCCCUCAUCUUCCCCACGCCCGAGGCCCUCCGCGACGAGAUCCGCCGCUGCCGAACCCUCACCCCGAACCCCUUCGGCGUCAACAUCACCCUGCUGCCGUCCAUGGUGCCCCCGAACUACGCCGCCUUCGCCCAGACCGUCAUCGACGAGGGCAUCCGCGUCGUCGAGACGGCCGGAAACUCGCCCGGCCCCAUCAUCACCCAGCUCAAGAAGGCCGGCAUCACCAUCCUGCACAAGUGCACCACCAUCCGCCACGCCCAGAGCGCCAUUAAGCUUGGCGUCGACUUCCUCAGCAUCGACGGCUUCGAGUGCGCCGGCCACGUCGGCGAGAGCGACAUCACCAACUUCAUCCUGCUCAGCAGGGCGCGCCAGUCGCUCAAGGUGCCCUUCAUCGCGAGCGGUGGCUUUGCCGAUGGCAACGGCCUGGCGGCUGCGCUGUGCCUCGGCGCCUGCGGCAUCAACAUGGGCACCCGCUUCAUGGCCACCGUCGAGUCCCCCAUCCACAUCAAGGUCAAGGAGGAGAUCGUGCGCGCCCAGGAGACCGACACUACGCUGCUGUUGCGCCGUUGGACCAACACCACCCGCCUGUACAAGAACAAGGUGGCCCUCGACGGACUCAAGAUCGAGAAGGAGAGCACCACCGGCAAGUUUGAGGAGAUUGCGCCCUACGUCAGCGGCAAGAGGGGCAAGGAUGUGUUUAUCAACGGUGAUGUAGAGUAUGGCGUCUGGACAGCAGGACAGGUCAUCGGUCUCAUUCACGAUAUUCCCACAUGUGACGUCCUCGUCAAGCGAAUCGAGAAAGAAGCAGAGGAAACUCUGAAGGAGAGACUGGCUCUGCUUGUGCCAGAGUCGAAGCUAUAG